AUGGUUGGAAGUGAUUCCUUGGGAUUCUCCGAGCUUGUUGCUAUAGGAGCUUGUGUUGCACAUGGCUUAAGAAAUGGUAAACUUAUAGAUGUGGCUGGAACUUCAAGUGCUAAUCCGAAGAGGUUCUCUGGAGGGUUUCCCAAAAAGAAGGAAGGUGAAACUAAUGUUGUGUUUAUUGGCCAAGGAAGAGCCCUUCCAAGAAGAAGACAACAACAAUAUUCACAACAACAGUAUGUUCAACAACCUUUUUCGUAUCAACAACCUAUAUACCUUGUCCAGUAUGCCCCACAACCGUACGUAGCUGAUGUGAUGCCCGCCUUUAAUCAACAACCUGCUCAGGCUUAUCAACCACCUCAAGUUUAUCGACCAUCUCCAAUUCAACAACGUGCUCCUGCUCCCCCAGUUUAUCAGCAAGCACCAGCAGCUCCUGCCUAUCAACAGCUGAGAGCUCAGGCCCCAAGACAAAAUGCUCCGAAUUAG